AUGGCACCGAGAAACCGUUGUUCAUCUUCACCGCCGUUUAAUGAAGUCCAUCCAAGGCAGAAAAGGAUCCUACUCCCUCCGGGUCCUCCAAAGCUUCCAUUCAUCGGUAAUAUGCACCAACUUCUCGAUCCUGCACCACACCGAGUCCUCCAUCAAUUGGCCACCAAAUAUGGUCCAAUCAUGCACAUGAAGCUAGGCUUCGUAUCCACCAUUGUUGUGUCCUCAGCUGAUGCUGCUAGACAGAUCAUGAAGACUCAUGACAACAUCUUUUCUAACAGGCCUAAGCUCGUGGCUCCAAAAAUCUUAGGGUACAACUAUACCGACAUCGCGUUUGCCCAAUAUGGGUCUUACUGGAGACAGCUUAAGAAGAUAUGCCUCAUCGAACUCUCAACAGCAAAGAGCAUGGAUUCGUCAAGGUUUAUACGUGAAGAAGAAGUGAAAUCUCUUGCUCUCUCGAUUAGUAGAACCUCCGAAGAACCAAUAAACUUGUCGGAAAAUCUUUUUGCCUUGAAUCAUAACAUCAUCACUCGGACUACGUUUGGUGAUAAGUUUGAUGAUGAAUUGAGGUUCCGGUUAGCAAUUAGGGAAGGGACGACUUUGGCUGCUGGAUUUCAGAUCGGGGAUUUCUUCCCUUCGCUUGGUUUCGUUGCUAAAUUCACCAGAAUGAACGAAAGGAUGGAAAAGUGUCAUGCGGAGCUUAGUAGCAUCAUGGACGAAAAAAUACAACACCAUAUUGAACAACGUAAAAUCGACAAACCAGAACAUGAGCAGCUUGUAGAUGUUCUUCUCCGGCUUAAGGAAGAAGGAGGCCUUGAUGAACCAUUGACAACCGAUAACAUAAAAUCUGUCCUUUUGGACGUGUUCACGGGAGCCAGCGAAAACUCAUCAAACAUAGUGGAAUGGGCGAUGACAGAGAUGAUACGAAACCCUAACGUGAUGAAGAAAGCACAAGCAGAGGUGAGGCAGGUUAUUAGUGAGAAAGUGAAACCAACUAUAGAAGAAAAUGAUCUUCCGAAACUAAGUUACAUGAAAAUGGUGGUUAAGGAGACUCUAAGGUUUCACACGCCGGUUCCUCUGUUGCUCCCGCGGGAGUCCAUGGAAAGCUGCACAAUCGACGGCUACGAAAUCCCUUCAAAAACCAGAGUUCUUAUCAACUACUGGGCCAUUGCACGUGAUCCAAUCAGCUGGAAAGAUCCGAAUGUGUUUGAUCCUGAUAGAUUUAAAGACGAAACAAAAGAUUAUAGAGGCCAUGACUUCGAGUACAUUCCUUUUGGUGCUGGUCGCAGGGUUUGUCCUGGAAUAUCCUUGGGAAUGGCGAAUACCGAGCUCUCACUAGCUUCUUUGCUUUACCAUUUUGAUUGGAAGCUACCUCAUGGGGAGAAACCUGAAGAUGUAGACAUGAAAGAGACGUGUGGAAUGACAUUAUACAAGACUUGUAGUCUACGACUAGUUCCUACUCUACGUUUUCCCGUAUCAGUUUAGAGUUUUCGAUACUGUUUGAUUAUGGCGGUCACUCUGGGAUGGGUUGAUCAUGUAUUAAAAUACUAGGUUUCUUAAUGUUUUAAAUUCCAAACACUUCACGACAUUAAGUGCUAUAAUUUGCGAAAUGCUGUUGCUUUUUAUAUGGGAAAAUAACUUACAAGGCC